AUGAAGUUCGCCUUUGUCGCUACCGCCCUCGUCGCCGCCUCGGCCGUGGCCGCCGCCCCCGCCCGCCUCGACAAGGUCGACCUCGUCGCCCGCGACGCUGACGCCGCCGUCGCCAUCGACAUCCCCGUCGUCGCCCGCGAGGCCGAGCCCGAGGCCGAGGUCGAGACCCUCGUCGACCGCGAGGCCGAGGCCGACAACGAGAAGCGCACCUGGUGGAAGCACAAGUGCAAGCACGGCAAGUGUGGCGGCUGGGGCUGGGGCUGGCCCUGGGGCGGUGGAGGUGGCGGUGUCGUCGUCGGCGGUGGUGGUGUCGUCGUCGGCGGCGGCGGUGUCGGCGUCGGCGGUGGAUGCGGUGGCUGGUUCGGCCGCUGCGGCAAGUAA